AUGAAAGUUACCAAAGAAGACGUUCGGGGGCCACUGCUUCCUGUGCAGGCUCGCCCCGAGCGCCCCUUGUGUUUCGGCACACACGAGGGGGCAUUAGAGGCACCCCGCUCCCCUGAGUCCGUAGUAGCUCCUCAUUACUCCUUAGUAGCAAUCAACAAGCUUGCAUUUGAAGCACGCAAAUGCCGACCUUCCUCAAGCGAUGACUCGGCACCCUGCAGCCCAGACCGUCUCGGCUCCAAGUACCCAAUCAGUUCUUGUCCUACUGAAAUUCAAAAGAUCAACGCAAACACUCAGCAACAGCGUCCCUUUAGAAUCCGUAUGCUACCCUCAAAAAGAUGGGCAACAGAAGAGAUACGCAGGCGGAGAGAUCCAACGACGGAUCCGGAAGGCCAACCAGCAGAAGCAGAAGAAACCACAACAAAGAGCAAACCAGAAGGAACACAAAAUGCUACUGACCAACUUGGCUUCGCAUCUUUGCCUAGGCAUUUGAUCGCCUUCAUUCUGUCUUUGGUUGGCAGCCAAUCUGCAGAAAAGGCGACACUUUCUCAUGUCUGCCGCCGCUGGAAGGAAGUGAUGCAAUUACAUUGCAUGUGGUCAUCCGUGGACGCCUCCCAUAGGCCAUUAAGUUCUUUAUCUGCUUCUGUAGGUCCUUCCAUUCAACUCAGAAGUCUCUGGAGCAGGACAGAGACGCUCGUCCUUGCAGACGACGACGCAUCGGAGGCAAAUGAGCUGCUGCUGCAGCUCAGCAAUGCCCCAUGCAGCACCAGCACAGCUAGCAGUAGAAGCAGUCCCACCAGCAGGGUUAGCAGUGUCAGUUCAAGUUGUAGACCUGGCACCAGCCGCAUGUGUAGCUACAGCGACAGCAGCAGCAGCAAGGUCAGCAGCAACAGCAGUCGGGGCAUGAAUGAAGCGGAGCACGCAACACGCCCUCAAUAUUGGACUUUGCCGUAUUUGAGGCAUCUGCGGGUUCAUCGCACCAUGGGGGGAGGCUACAUCAGACAUUCCACACCGCAAAAUAUUUUGGCUGCAGCAGACGCAGCUAGGGGAUCUUGUGUCUUAAUACCUCUUCAUCCUGGGAGCAGUAAUAGUAGUAGUAGUAGUAGUAGUAGUAGUAGUAGCAACAGCAAUGACAACAGUGGAAGCAGUGACAGCAGCAGCGGCCUACAGCAGCUGGAAGAGCUCGUGCUCGAGACCGAAGUGGGACCUGAGCUACUGCUGGCUCUCCGCGGCAAAACACCGAGGUUGAAGACACUUAUUAUCAGCUGCCUUCAUGAUAAGCCCACCGGUAGCAAUCAGGCAAGAGAUCAAACGGCAGCAGCAGCUGUUCCAACAGAAUCAGAGGCGCCAGAAGUGGAGGGAGUGUCUGCACUUGAAGCAUUGCUGCUUCUCCUGGAGGAUCUCCCGCCUCAGCAGUUGGUUGUCUUCGGGUUUGGAACGUCGGUGGGAGUCUCGGGUAGUAGAUGCGACGCCAGCAGCAGGAGCAACAGCAGUAGCAGCGGCAGCAGCAGCCGCAGCUGCCGAUUGCCUGACGGCCUCAGGGGCCUUCGGGAGAGAUUACAGAGGAAAGCAACCCAAGUUGGCAAGGAAGAGGCGUUAGGAGAUGAAUUGUGUUCUUUACUUGCCGCCAAACACCAUGAGUCACUCCGCGCACUCUGGAUGCCCGACAUUUGCACCUCGCUUGAGGGUGCAGGGGACCUCGUCUUUCGCUGCCGCCACUUGACGAUUUGUUCCAUACCUGGUGCAGCUGUGCUUCAUGAACUCCAUUGCAUGGUGGGAAGCCGCCGUGCUGUUGGCAGUUCGGAAGCGGAUGGCCUCAAGGCCUACGUGAUUUUGCUUCUCCUCGAAGCCAGCCUUCAUUGA